AUGCCUCCACCGCCUCACACUAGGCCCGAGAACGUCCUUAAACGGGCACAAGAGCUCAUUGCAGUCGAUCAGUCGACCGCUGCGCUUACUAUUCUCCACGAACAUGUCACUUCCAAACGAUCGAGAAAUAGCCCUAUUACUUCCUUAGAACCGGUGAUGCUUGCUUUCGUCAAACUUUGUGUGGAUCUCAAGAAAGGAAAGCUCGCAAAGGAUGGCUUGUACCAAUACAAGAACACUGCACAGAACACCAACGUGGGAACCAUCGAACUAGUUCUUAAAAAAUUUAUAUCCCUUGCUGAAGACAAAGUGAGCGAAGCUCAGGAAAAAGCGGAACAGAUACAAUCGACUCAGGACCCUGGCUCUUCGGGCGCGAAUGUGGAAGAUCUUGAAGCAAUCGAAACCCCGGAAUCAAUCCUGCUCUCGACGGUCUCGGGUGAACAGGCCAAAGACCGCACGGACAGAGCCGUUGUCACACCAUGGCUCAAGUUUCUGUGGGAGACUUAUCGUACAGUGCUAGAAAUACUGAAGAACAAUGCGCGAUUAGAGGUCAUGUAUCAAGCAACAGCCCUACUGGCCUUUGGAUUUUGCCAAAAAUUUGCGCGAAAGACCGAGUUUCGACGCCUUUGCGAACUUCUUCGGAAUCACGUCCAAAAUGCAGCUAAAUACCAGUCUCAGAUGCAUGCCAUCAAUCUCAGCGACCCUGAUACUCUGCAGCGUCAUCUCGACACCCGAUUCGAACAGCUUAAUGUUGCAGUAGAACUCGAAUUAUGGCAGGAAGCCUUCCGCAGCGUUGAAGACAUACACACACUGUUGAGCUUGAGCAAGCGACCGGCGAAGAACAUCAUGAUGGCAAAUUAUUAUGAAAAGCUCACUCGGAUCUUUCUUGUCAGCGAAAAUUAUCUCUUCCACGCUGCGGCUUGGAGCAGGUACUACAAUCUCCUUCGUCAGUCUGCCAGUAAUGUCAUGUCCGGUCAAAGCUCAAAAAAGGACAAUCCUAUCGUCACAGAUAGCGAUAUGGCCCGGGCAGCCUCGUUUGUCCUACUUUCUGCCCUAGCAAUCCCCGUCAUUAGUACUUCAAGGUCUAAGGGGGCUUUAGUUGAUUUCGACGAGGCCCGAAAAAACAAGAAUAAUCGACUAACCAACUUGCUUGGAAUGUCGUCCGCCCCAACCCGUACCAUCUUAUUCAAGGAUGCGCUCAGCAAAGGUCUCCUCAGACGUGCCAAGCCAGAGAUUCGAGAAUUGUAUCAGAUUCUUGAAGUUGACUUCCAUCCUCUUUCAAUUUGCAAGAAGAUAUCCCCCAUUCUCACGCAGAUUGGUGCUGACCCUGACAUGGAGAAAUAUGUUCUUCCUUUACAACAGGUCAUCCUUACAAGACUGUUCCAGCAGCUUUCCCAGGUGUAUGAGUCUGUGGAGCUCAAAUACGUUCAUCAACUCGCUCAAUUCCCGGAAUCGUAUCAAGUCACAACCAGUACGAUAGAGAAAUUCAUCAUGAAUGGUUGCAAAAAGGGCGACCUCGCUAUGCGAAUUGAUCAUACCACGGGUGUGCUUACGUUCGAUUCUGAUGUCUUCUCAUCUGCCAAGGCUUUACAUCCUAGCAGUGUUUCUGGCUUUGCAGAGGGAGACACUAGCUCCGUGCAGCGGCUGCAGCGUACACCGGCAGAGAUAGUCCGAUCGCAACUUACUCGUCUAGCUAAAACUCUCUAUGUGACCUGUCAGCACGUCGAUCCCGAAUUUAACGAAGCUCGUCAGCAGGCCAAAGCGGCGGCCCUCACCCGCGCAGCGGCUGGCGCAGAGCAGGAACAUCAAGAAACUUUGGCAAGGAGAGCUAUCAUAGAGAAAAAAAAGGAAUUGGCUUCAGACGCUCUGCAAAAGAAACAAAAGGAAGAAGAAACAAGGAAGCGGAUCAUCGCUCAGCAGAGGCAGGAAGCAGAGGCUCAGCGUUUGGCUGAAGAGCAUAAGGAGCGAGAGCGAAAGCGGAAGAAAGAGGAGCAAGAUCGUAUACGCCGUGAGAACAACGAGAAUGAGAUUAAAGACUUGCUCAAGAAAGGGAUCAACAUCGGCGACGUCGACGUGAAAGAUCUAGACAGUAACGGUCUCAGAUUGCUCCGGAUUUCGCAGCUAGAAAAAGAAAAGAAUGACCUCAAUAAGAAUCUGCGUGUCACUGGUAAACGAAUCGAUCAUUUGGAACGUGCUUUUCGGAAAGAGGAGCUCAAGCUACUGCCGAAAGAUUACGAAGCCCAGCGUCAACGAGAUCUUUCCGCGUAUGAGCAAACUAAAUCAGAGACUCUCGAAGAGACAGAAAGGAAGCAUAAAGAGGACGUAGCGUUGAAGCAUCGUCUCAGCCGGCUCUUGCCCACAUACGAGACGUUCCACAAGGAUCUCAAAGAGCGCCGCCAUGACGAAUUCGAGAAACGGCGAAAAUCUGCAGAUCGAGAAUACAACAACGCCAUUGAGAAACGAAAGCGUGAUCAUCGGGAGCAAAGAGCUCGUGAGGAAAGAGAGCGCGAGGAAGCACAAAGACAGGCACGGGAAGAAGAAGAGAGGAUCGUCAGGGAGGAAGAAGAAAAGGCAGCUGCGGAAGAGGAAAAGAAACGUCUGCAGGCAGAGGCGAAAGCUAAGCGGGAUGAAGAGCGAAGAGCACUGGACGAAAAGGCGGCCCUUCAACGCCAACGCGAGGCUGAAGCGGAGGCCAAGCUCCAAGCGAAGAAAAACGCCCUCUCCUCUGGCUCACGCAUUCCGGACCGCAGUGGUCCCAGUGGUCCCAGUCGGCCAGCCAUAGCCGAACGGACGGAAUCUUCGGAGCGACCAGUGGCGAGUGGACCGCCGCGCCUCAAUCUUGCGGGCAACAAGCCAACCUGGCGAGAACGCGAAGCUGCACGUGCUCACCAAGGAGGCGGGGCCCCUCCAUCAGCACCCUCUUCAGAUGUCGCAACCGAUGAAGUGCAGCUGCCGAAGAGAACUACCGGAUACGUCCCUCCUAGCAAGCGGGGUGGUGUGGAAAGCGGACUACCGUCACGUGGGCGACCUGAAGCUGCUGCUGCAAGAUCGACGCCUCGUGAAGAGACCUCCACUGAGCCAACAGCAAAAUGGCGCCCUAGCGUUCGGCAGGAUGGCCUAGGUCGUGAUGGUUCACCUGCGGAGGUUGCUCCUUCACAACGCUUCUUAGGUGGCCUCAGAGGCCCACAGGGUAGGGAUGUCUCCGCUGAUAGCUCCAGACCCGUUAGCUCUGAUGGAACUACGCGGACAGAAAGUCCAGCUGAGCCGCUCCGAAAGCCAGCGCCGGGCAAAUUUGUUCCCCCUCACUUGAGAAACAAGUAA